AUGGCUGCGAUUGAUUGUCCUGGCUCACUCAAAUCAGUGAGAAUCGUAGUGGUUGGUGACAAAGGAACUGGAAAAUCAAGCUUGAUUGUUGCUGCAGCUACUGAUUCUUUCCCUCCCAAUGUGCCUCCUGUUUUGCCUGAUACUAAGCUCCCUUUUGAGUUCUUCCCUGAUGGUAUACCUGUCACCAUUGUUGACACUUCCUCAAGGCCUGAAGAUAGGAACAUGGUUGCUGAGGAAUUGAAGCAGGCAGAUGCAGUGGUUUUGACAUAUGCCUGUGACCGACCUGAGACACUUGAAGGUUUGACUACAUACUGGCUUCCAGAGCUUCGGAGAUUAGAGGUAAAAGUUCCUAUAAUAGUAGCAGGUUGUAAGCUUGACUUCAGAGACGACAAUAACCCGGUCAGCCUCGAACAAGUGAUGUCACCUAUAAUGCAGCAGUUUCGGGAGAUUGAGACUUGCAUCGAGUGCUCUGCCCUAAAGCAACUCCAGGCACAAGAAGUUUUCUACUAUGCGCAAAAAACUGUCCUUCACCCAACUGGACCUCUGUUCGAUCAAGAAACCCAAUCAUUGAAGCCCCGGUGUGUAAGGGCCUUGAAGCGUAUCUUUAUACUCUGUGAUCAGGACAGAGAUGGUGCUCUUAGCGAAGCUGAGUUAAAUGAUUUUCAGGUCAAGUGCUUUCAUGCACCAUUGCAGCCUUCUGAAAUUGAAGGUGUUAAGAGGGUUGUGCAAGAAAAGUUGCCAGAAGGUGUGAAUGAAAGAGGACUAACAGUGACUGGCUUCCUGUUUCUACAUGCACUUUUUAUUGAGAAAGGGAGGCUCGAGACAACAUGGACUGUACUUAGGAAGUUCGGGUAUAAUAAUGAUAUAAGACUUGCUGAUGAAUUGCUUCCACCUUCAUUGUUCAAACGAACACCUGAUCAGAGUGUUGAGUUGACAGAUGUAGCAAUCGAAUUCUUGAAAGGAGUGUUUAUGAUGUUUGAUGACGAUGAGGAUAAUAAUCUGAGACCUCAAGAGAUUGAGGAUCUUUUUUCAACUGCACCUGAAAGUCCUUGGAAAGAUGCUCCGUAUGAUGGUGCUGCAGAGAAAACUGCCCUUGGAGGACUAUCGUUUGACGCUUUCCUGUCACUGGUAAUAAGUACUCUCCUCUUUCACAUGCUCAACAAAGGAAACAUUUUGUAUGCAUGCCAUCACAUUUUUUUAUCUUUUUACAUCUUAUCAUUGGAUCUUAUAUUUAUUGUUUGGAACCUAGUUUUACUAAGUUGUUCAUUGAAUCAGUUAACAACAUUUUUAUGUUUUUCUAAUCAUUCCUUGCAGUGGUCACUGAUGGCAUUAUUAGAACCAGCUAAGAGUGUGGAAUAUUUGAUUUACAUUGGAUUCCCUGGUGAUCCUUCUUCUGCCAUUCGUCUUACAAGGAGAAGACGUUUAGAUCGCAAAAAGCAACAAUCUGAAAGAAAAGUUUUCCAGUGCUUUGUGUUUGGACCUAAUAACGCUGGAAAAUCUGCAUUACUGAAUUGCUUUCUUGGAAGGUCAUAUGAAAACCAGGGAUCAACCACUGAUGAGCGCUAUGCAGUAAAUAUGGUCGAUGACUCUGGGAAUGCGAAGAAAACUCUUGUGAUGAGGGAAAUUCCAGACGAUGGGGCUAAAGAGUUGUUUUCAUCCAAGGAAUCGUUGGCUGCAUGUGACAUAGCUGUCUUCGUGUAUGACAGUUCUGAUGAGUCCUCAUGGAAGAGAGCGACUGAGUUGCUUGUAGAAGUUGCAACUCACGGCGAAGCCACUGGAUACGAGGUUCCUUGCCUCAUGGUUUCAGCAAAGGACGAUCUUGAUUCCUUCCCACUUUGCAUACAAGAAUCCACUAGAGUGACACAAGAUAUGGGAAUAGAGCCUCCAGUAUCCAUCAGCUCGAAAUUGGGAGAUUUCAACAACUUAUUCCGCAAGAUCAUAACUGCAGCGCAACAUCCUCAUCUGAGUAUUCCAGAGACGGAAGCAGGAAAAAGCCGCAAACAUUACAACAGGCUAAUCAACCGCUCUCUUAUGGCUGUUUCAAUUGGAGCUGCUGCUGUGGUCGUUGGACUGGCUGCAUACCGUGUGUAUGCAGCAAGAAAGAGCGCUUCUGCCUGAGAAGAUUUGAGAAGGAAGAAGCCAGUGUGCGAACGCGAAAGAAGAUAUAAGCAAAUCUCUUGUUCGCAGACCUGAGUUUGUUUAUCAGUCCUAAGUUUAAACGAGAGUUAAUGUUUUUUUUAGAAGAUUAAUGUGUUUUUUUCGAGAUCUGUAGCAACACAAACAUUUAGGGACAAAAGAAAAGAAGAGAACAUAUAGUCAUAAUAGACAUUUGUGUUGAGUUUCAUCAAUAAACAAAAAGAACUUCUGUUUC